AGUACGGCUAGGCCGGCGAGUGAGGAAGCUGUAUGACGGCUAUUUACUUCAGUGACUAUUCUUUGCUAGUGAUCGACAGCUAAUUUAUCUUUGAUUUUAGACCCUGCAGAUGUUAUGUCCAAAAUAUUUAGAAACUUGGCAGUCCCUAAUGGUGACAAGAACCCGGCGGUGUCUGACGGGGAGCUGAACGCGGCCCAGCGGGAUGGCCGGGGCAGCAGUCACAGCCUGAACUCGGGUUCGAGCCUGGCAGGGGGUGGCGGAACAAGCCAGAGCCUGGGCGCGGUGGCCAGCUGGGCCGUCAGUUUCGAGAGGCUGCUGGCGGAUCCCGUCGGCGUGCGCUACUUCACGGCUUUCCUGAAAUUAGAGGUCAGCGUGGAAAACAUCCAGUUCUGGCAGGCGUGCGAAAGGUUCCGGCAGAUUCCGGCCAGCCAGAAAGAGGAGCUGACGCGUGAUGCCUGGACCGUCUUCGGCACCUACCUCUCGAAGAGCGCCACCUACCCCAUCAACAUCGACGACACGGCCCGCGUUCAGGAAAAAGACUUGGAGUCCCCAACGCCGAACAUGUUUGACAAAGCUCAGCAACAGAUCUUCAAGCUGAUGAAGUUUGACAGCUACACGCGUUUCGUGCGAUCUCCGAUCUACCAGAACUGCAUGCUGGCCGAUAUGGAAGGCAGGCCUCUUCCAGAGCCCUGCCAGGCGGCCAAGAGCCCGGAGCCGAGAAGGAGCCAAGUGACGGACGGCCCUUCCUCCAGCGACAAGAGCAAAAAGAAGCUGAAGCUGGUACCCUUCGGUAUGGAGGUUGCUGUGGAAAGGAGGAGAGGAACCCCUGGGAAGAAGGCGGAGGAGAAACGAUGGGACAAGAGAGGAUCAUGGGGAGCAGCAGAGAUCGGAGAUAAUUACCUCUGUGUGGGUCCGGAGCGGCAGAGUCUGGCCAGGUCAUCCAGCGGCGUGCAGUGGACCGCUCCUUCCAGCAAAUCAGACAUGCAGCCGUCCAGUCUGGGUCACCCCGAGCGUGUGGCGUUGGGGAUGACGGAGAAGUACUGCUGUGUGUACUUCCCCGAUGGGACGGCGUCACUGGUGGCCACGCGGCCCGGCGUCUCCAUACGGGACAUGCUGGCCGUGCCGUGUAAGAAGAGGGGAAUCCCCUUCAGUGAUGUCACCGCCUACCUCCAGAGUAACGACAAGGAGCCACUCUCCAUGGACCUGGACAGCUACGUCCUGAAAGAGCAGGAGGUCUGGCUGGAGCUGCAGGUGACGUUUCUGGUGGAGGUUGCGUUUUCCAGGAAGAUCGAGAAGGUCACGCAGAAAAGCAGCAAGACCCUGGGUGAGGCACUGCUCCGCGUGAUGCAGGAGCACGGCGUACAGCCGGAGGAGGCCGUGGUUACCAUGACUGGGGGUAAAGACCCUUUGGACACAACCAUGAAUAUAACGUCUCUGGCCAACAAGAAGCUACAGCUACACAAAGUAAAAACCAAGAGUGAAAACAGCAGCUUGGGUGUCAGUGAUCAGCCUGCCCUCCACCAGAGGCAGCCAGCGACAGGCCAGACCCUAUCUGCCGAUAAACUGAGACCCAACUCAAGGCGCAGGAACGCGGCUGUAAGGAGGACCUAUGACAUGGAUGGUCUGAUGGAGCUGCUGAACAGGGCACAGUGGUGCAGCGCUGACGACCAGCGAGGGCUACUGUGCAAAGAUCACUUGGAACUCCCAGAGUUCCUGCAGCUCCCCCUGGUGGAGUGUGAGGAGGAAGGGCAGGAGGAGAUAGAUGCCUUACAAGACGACUUCUCCCUCCCCACCUCGCCAACAGAGAGAGUCCCCAGACGGACGCGAUCCACCUCCUCGGAUCCCGGAAGCCUGUUUAUUCACUCAGAUUCGGCGAGGGAAACGAUUGUCUGAAGACUCAGCGCCCGUCACAUGGAUUGGGGUGCCUUUCCUGAAGUCUCCUUGCGCUUUCCUCACCAUGUCCUUCAGGAGAUGUUCUGGAGAUGCCUUGUUUCACCUAAGUUCUUCAAUAUCUGUGGAGGGGUAUCGCUCUCCAACUUCAAAGAACGGGAGGCUUUAUUAUACAAAUAGCAUGAACAUGUCAUUGAGAACCUUUCAUGUGUUAAUCUUCAGAUUAAACGGCUGUUGAAAAAAUGUUAGCACUUUUGAAGUUGACUGUUUCCGACUUGUACUGAUAUACAGAAAGUUUACUUUGUGCACUUUCAGAACUCACUAUGUACCCAGAAGUAUUCUUGGAUGUUGUAGAAGCCAAUACUAUAAAUAAAUGGCAAUAAUGUAAUUACUGGCCAAUCAUGUAAAACAUUUUAAGAACCAAUAACAAAGCUUUUUGCUGAUAAUGUAAUAAGUUAUUGCAAAUAAAUUUGUCCUCUGUAGAGGGGGUGGUGGUGGUGGAAUUAAGAAAAAUAAUAGUAAUAAGUUAUUAUAUUGUUAACCAGUUAUUACAUAAUUUAAUUUAUUUUAUGUUGAUGUUACGUUAUUGGCAUGCUAUUACGUUAUUGCUAUGUUAUGUUAUUGGCUGCUACAAACUUAGUAUUUCAACUCGCUAGCUGUGGAAUCUACGUACUGUGCUGAAAUCAUUUUUGGAUUUAACAAUAAUGACAUUGUGUGACUUAAGUGUAGAAGAUGUACCUCUAAAAUACUUACUUUCCCACAAAGGAAAGCAGCAACACACUGUUUUAGUGUCAUUUGGAGCAAUGUUUGCGAUUAGAUAUUCCCUCUGCACUGUUUAAAACAAAUGCAUUAUGAGUAACAUUACAUCCCCAGCACAGUAUAAGUAUGAAAUAAUUGUUUGGGGACCGCAUAAUCUUGAAAAGGAAGGAUCCAGCUUCCCAAAGCUUUGUUAGUCAGAAAGACAUUAACCCAUGACAAAUCAGCAGAUGAUGUGUAAACCUGUGAUUGUUAAUUUAAUCUCUGUAAAAUAUUUCAUGCUCAGUGCCUGUAUAAGCUUAAUAAACUUUCAGAAUUCUUCA